UCGCUGAGGGCCACGGGCCUGUCCUGUCAUUGGAGCUGAGAGCAGAAGCCCAGGGCGCCAAGAGCUGGGGUCUGCAGCAGCCUGUGCAGCUCCUGACCCUAAGCUUCCUGCAUCCUUGACCAUCCAGCAUUGGACUCAAAACUGGGCUGGACACGGAAGCAGAGAAGCCCAGAAAAGCAGAAGUGGGCACAGGGCAAUCACACCUUCAACGAGGAGGCUUGACCGUGUCCGCACGUAGGGCCUGGCGCUGCUGCAGGCUGGGUCUGUGCGGAGAAAUGACCCCGAGGAGGGGGGCCACAUGGCUGCUUCCAGCUCUGUUCCUUCUCCAGGUCCCAGGCUGUUUGUCUCUGAGCUGCCCCAGACACGUGACGGGCACCGUGGGGGGAUCGCUGAGCGUGCAGUGUCGGUACAAGAAAGAGUACACAGACCAUAACAAAUUCUGGUGCCAAGACCCGUGUUUGAUAUCGCUGGGGUCGAAGAUUGUGGAGACCACAGAGUCAGAGAGAGAAGUGAGGCGUGGCCGCGUGUCCAUCGAGGACCAUCCAGCAAACCUCACCUUCACAGUGACCUUGGAGAGCCUCACAGAGGGCGAUGAAGGCAAAUACAGAUGUGGGAUCCGUACACCAUGGAGAGAAAAACUUAUAGACCUCACCUUCGAGGUUGUGGUGUCUGUGUCCCCAGUACCCACCCUGAAGAUCGUCACAAGAACCCUGGGCCCUCCAAGCAUCUUUGGACCUCCAAGCACCCUGGUUCCUCCCUCCUCCCUGCCAACCACCACCGGGCCGAGUGUGACCAGCCAGGAGACGCCUGAUGCCACCCAACACUCUCGGUCCCUGCUCAGCAGUGUCCACUUCCUGCUCCUGGUCUUCCUGAAGGUGCCCCUGCUCCUGAGCAUGCUCAGUGCCGUCCUGUGGGUGAACCGGCCUCAGGGGAGGUCUGAGGGGAGGCAGAGUCAGCCCCGCUCUGAGAACCAGUGACACUUGCCCCGCUGUGGAUGGGAAGGACCUUCAGACCAAUCAAUCCAGUGUCAUUGUCCAUGAUUCUGUGGGAAUAGUCUGUGAACUGAUUAGAGAGUUUUUUUCUUGCAAUGUAUCCGACACACACAAAAGAUUCCUAAUAAAUGCAUACUUAUUAAGCCA